AUGACUCAUUUAAGUUGCUUUCAGAUUGCCAUGGGAGUCCAAAGUGUCUCGGACGCCACAGUGUGCAAAGUGUUCCCUUCAACGUUGAGCGAUGCAGCGCAAAAGUGGUACCAGAACCUCAAGGAGGGCUCUAUUACUAGUUUCAGGGAGCUCGCUAUGGCCUUCAAAACUCACUUUGCUCCAAGCAUCGAGCGAAAGAAAAGAUCCAGUGAUUUGAAGAAAUGCUUUCAAAAGCAGGGAGAAAGUUUGAAAGCUUACAUUGCUCGGUUUAACGCCGAGGCGAUCAUGAUAGAAGAUCUGAACGAUGAUACCGCCAUCGAUUCUAUGAAAGAUAACACCGGCAUGGCUUGGAAUUAUAUCAAUCUCGAUGAGGAAAGGCAGAGGAAGUCUUACGGGAUGGCUAGCCCGGUUCCCAGUAAAACGCAGAAUGCUCAGGGAUCCAACCGUAGCCAAGAUCGGUACCGACCUCUGAAUGAGACUUCGGGGUACAGGGGUAACAAGCCGUUCAAUGCUCAAACCAGUCCGCCAAGCACGGGGCCUGGUACUAAGCCGAGUUUCAGUAUUGGGGGAGGAACUGAAGGAUACGUGGACCGAGCCGGAGUGCCGAGACAAUAUGUACCACUUAAUACUCCAAGGGAGCAGAUUCUAUCCUGGAUCAAGCACAACAAUGAAGAGAUUCGUUAUCCACCGAGGCUAGUAAAAGAUGGAGACCGAUCCAAGUUCUGUGAUUUUCAUGAUGGUUACGGCCACGAAACAGAGGAAUGUGGACGUUUGCGAAGUGAGAUAGACAAGUUAGUCUGCCAGGGGCGAUUACAACAUUUUGUUGCGGCCAAGGAGGGCCAAGACCGAGGAAAUACGAGGGUCAACUCGGUCAGGUCGGAGCCAGGGGGAGCAGGGAAGCCCAAUCCCCAUCAAAGAAAACACAAGUCACGGGAGUAA